AUGGUUGGUAUCAUCAUUGGACUUGUGAUCACUAGCUUGGGGAACGGAAGCGGAAUCACUACGAGUCUUGUAUCUUUGAUUGCCAAUGCGGGGCAAGAAGAUCAGGCAAUUGCCACCGCCGUGUCUUACCUUUUCCGUUCUCUCGGUUCAGUAGUUGGGUUAUCUGUAGGAAGUACCAUAGCUCAGGGAUCCUUGCGCUCCGCGCUUAGAAGCAGGCUUUCUGGCGCCGAUAUUGAUGUGGACGAGAUCAUCAGAAAUGUUCGCGAAUCUUUGAAAUUUAUCGAUACGCUAAGACCGGACAUUCAAAAAGAGGUUAGAGGGUCGUACGGUGAAGCUGUUAGGGCUACCCUCUACUUCUCUGUGGCUUUAGCUGCUUGCGGUCUCCUUUCGUCUUUUUUCAUCAAAGAGAAAUCGCUCACCAAAUGA